ACCGCCCCACGUCAGCACCUUGCGGAAAUACUGCUGAGAGAGAACAGGUCGAUCGGAACCAGUACUCGAGAUGUUUUCAUACUCGAAUUGAGAGUUUCAAAUCUAAAUUAACGAAUCAUUAUCUAGUUACGCCACUAGUUGAGUUAGUGCCCUUGUUCUCCCAUCCGGUGCCGGUUCCGGUUAAUAGGCGCAACAGGAAAAAAAGGGACAAAAUGUCCCUCUUCCAGUCAGCGCUCGAUUUCCUGGCCGGGCCCGGCGGAUCCGGCGGCGCCGCAAGCCGGGAUCAGAACGACUUCGUCGGGCAGGUUGUGGAGCUCGGAGAGCUGAAGCUCCGGAUCAAACGAGUCAUUGCGGAAGGUGGAUUUGCAUUUGUGUAUGAAGCCCAGGAUUUGGGCAGCAGUAAGGACUAUGCGCUCAAGAGACUUCUCUCCCAUGAAGAGGAAAAGAGCAAAGCCAUCAUUCAGGAAGUCUGCUUCAUGAAAAAGCUGUCUGGUCACCCCAAUGUCGUGCAGUUCUGCUCCGCCGCGUCCAUCAGUAAAGAAGAGUCGGACACGGGCCAGGCUGAGUUCCUCAUCCUCACGGAGCUCUGUAGAGGCCAGCUGGUUGAUUUUGUGAAGAAGGUGGAGCAGAGAGGGCCCAUGUCAUGUGACACAGUGCUGAAGAUCUUUUACCAGUCAUGCCGUGCUGUGCAGCACAUGCACAAGCAGUCUCCACCAAUCAUACACCGUGACUUGAAGAUCGAGAAUUUGUUGAUCAGUCACCAAGGCACCAUGAAGCUGUGUGACUUUGGCAGCGCCACUACUGUUGCACAUUACCCAGACUACAGUUGGUCUGCUCACAAGAGAUCUAUGGUGGAAGAUGAGAUCACUAGAAACACGACUCCAGCAUACAGGACACCAGAGAUGAUUGACCUUUAUUCCAACUACCCAAUAAAUGAGAAACAAGACAUAUGGGCUCUGGGCUGCAUCCUGUAUUUGCUUUGUUUUAAGCAGCACCCAUUUGAAGAGGGAGCCAAACUCCAGAUAGUAAAUGGCAAAUACAACAUUCCACAAAAUGACACCAAGUACACAGUCUUUCAUCAACUCAUCCGAUCUAUGUUGAAAAUCAACCCAGAGGAGCGGUUGUCGAUCAACGAGCUUGUUAACCAACUGCAGGAGAUCGCUGCAGCCAGGAAUGUCAACCCCAAAUCUCCCAUUACUGAGCGAAUUUCAAGAUCAAAGACCGCAAUAGGAGAGAGAGCGGCAUCAACACUGCUCCUGGAGCAGAACGGAGGUUUCGGGAACAACAGUGCACAGCUUCCUUCUCAGAUCAACAACAUACACAAUGCUGGUGUGUAUGACACAGACCCGGCCAUGGGUGGAGGCUUCUUGGAUAUCCUGAAAGGAGGAACUGAAAGAUUUCUCACCAACAUCAAAGACACUUCUUCCAAAGUCAUCCAGUCGGUGGCCAGUUAUGCUAAGGGAGACCUGGACCUGUCCUACAUCACCUCCAGACUAGCAGUUAUGUCUUUCCCAGCUGAAGGUGUUGAAUCUGCUAUUAAGAAUAACAUUGAGGAUGUGCGUCUGUUCCUGGAUUCUCGUCAUGCGGGUCAUUAUGCAGUAUACAACCUCUCCAAACGCUCCUAUAGACCAGCCAGGUUUCACAACAGGGUAUCAGAGUGUGGCUGGCAACCUAGACGAGCUCCUACUCUGAAGAACUUGUACAGUAUAUGUAAGAACAUGCAUCAAUGGCUCAAACAGGACCAGAGGAACAUCUGCAUUGUGCAUUGUCUGGAUGGACGGGCAGCGUCGGCUGUGGUGGUUUGUGCGUUCCUCGGUUUCUGUCGUCUGUUCUCUACGGCCGAGGCUGCAGUUUACAUGUUCAGCAUGAAGCGAUGCCCACCGGGCAUCUCGCCCUCACACAAACGGUAUAUUGAAUACAUGUGUGAUAUGAUGGCAGAAGAGCCCAUAAUCCCCCACAGCAAGCCUAUAACCAUCCGUUCCGUCGCCAUGACACCCGUACCGCUAUUUAAUAAGCAGCGAAAUGGCUGCCGGCCUUUCUGUGAGGUUUACGUCGGGGACGAGCGCAUCGCAACCACCUCACAGGAGUAUGACAGAAUGAAGGAUUUUAAGAUGGAGGACGGGCGAGCAGAAAUUCCUCUGAAUAUAACUGUGCAGGGUGAUGUCCUGAUAGUGAUUUAUCACUCCCGCUCCACACUGGGCGGACGCCUGCAGGCCAAAAUGGCUUCCAUGAAGAUGUUUCAGAUUCAGUUCCAUACAGGCUUUGUGCCCAGAAACGCCUCCACUGUCAAAUUUGCAAAGUAUGAUCUCGAUGCGUGUGACAUCCAGGAGAAAUAUCCUGACCUCUUCCAGGUACAUGUAAAUGUGGAGGUGGAGCCUCAGGAUCGCCCUAGCAACAAGACUGCGCCCUGGGAAAACUUUGCCACAAAAGGACUAAAUCCCAAGAUCCUUUUCUCCAGCCGAGAUGAACAGCAAGAGAUCCUGACAAAAUUCGGUAAACCAGAGCUUCCACGUCAGCCUGGUUCAACAGCCUGCUACGCCUCUGAACCUUCCCAGCCGGAGCAUUCGCCUGAAGGGACACAGAGUGAACCAGAUUCCCCUUCUCCUCAAAGCACUGACACCAACGCCAACAGCUUCUUCCAGAUGCUUGACUGGGAAGAUGGUGGACGGCAGUUUGAUCACUCUGACAGCCAAUUGGAUGACCAGGAGGAUUUGAGUGGUGGCUCAGAGGAGGAGUCAGUGUCGUACUCCGCCCCCAUUGACGGGACUCUGUCACGUGACACCAGUGAACCGCUCUUCGAGGCAGAUUUCACAACCACACCACCUGACCCCCAGCCAGACACAGAGGACCUGCUUGGCCUGAACUCUGACCCCUCUCCUCCGGCCGAUACCUCUCAGCCGGGCAUUACUACGGAGACGGGUUUGAAAAGUUCUGCUAGUAACAGUGAUUUACUGAACGACCUGUUCGCCCCUCCAUCCAAUGCUGCGCCUCCAGCUGACACAGAAGACCUGCUGGGAGAAGGUACAGGAGAAGAUCUGUUCUUCUCCAACACGUCCAGCCAACCAGCACCAACGGCUAAUAAAGACUUCUUUGACCCGUUUGGAGUGGGAUCAGCAUCUUCAGGGUCAGAUCUGUUUGGUGACCUCCUGGGGUCAGACGGUGGUAGUAGUGGCUUCAAAGCUCCGCCUCCUGCAUCCAACUCCAGCCUUUUUAACCUCAAUAAGUUAGCAAGCGAGACUCCGAAGAUGACAUCAUCAGCGAGUCAGCCUGAUCUGUUAGGUGGGUGGGACAACUGGACCACAGGUGGAACCAGCACGACUAUUAACAUGACCACCGCUGCCAGCAAACCUACUAUGAGUGCCUCAGGACUCUCAUCUUUCUCCAAGGCCAAAUCUCAGAGCUUUGACCCCUUCGCAGACCUGGGCAACCUGGGCGCAACACUACCUGGCUCGUCCAGUGCUGGUUUCUCUGGUUCAGGUUAUAAAGCGGCACCCUCUGCGGGUGGCCCAAAGGGUGGCCCAAAGAACUCAGGUCAGCAGUGGCAGCAGACUCCUCGGCCCUCAUCUGGUCCGAACAAACCCUGGAUGCCUCCAAACUCAGGGUCCAGGCAGCAAGCCCAGCCCUCCAAACCUGUUGCCCAACCGGCUAAACCAAACUACAUCCCCAGCUUCAGUGUGAUUGGUGGACGAGAAGAGAGGGGGAUACGUGGACCGGCCUUUGAAUCUUUCUGUCCUUUAGGUCCAAAGCCCAAAGUGAAGGAAGACGACUUUGAGGAUCUUCUGUCCACACAAGGUUUCGGCUCCAAAACUGACAGGAAGAUGCCCAGAACUAUUGCUGAGAUGAGGAAGCAGGAGCUGUCUAAAGACAUGGACCCUCUCAAACUUCAGAUCUUAGAUUGGAUCGAGGGGAAGGAGCGGAACAUCAGAGCACUACUCUCCACGCUGCACACGGUCCUGUGGGAGGGAGAAACCCGCUGGAAGCCCGUCAACAUGGCAGAUCUAGUCACACCUGACCAGGUGAAGAGGGUCUACAGGAAGGCUGUGCUUGUUGUGCACCCAGACAAGGCUACAGGUCAGCCGUACGAGCAGUACGCUAAAAUGAUCUUCAUGGAGCUGAGCGAUGCCUGGUCUGAGUUCGAGAACCAAGGAUCCAAAGCCCUGUUCUGAACGCGCUCAGUGAGCGUCUGCCAGGUGCAGCGUGCCCCCUACAGGCAGCCUGAGGCACUGCGCGCUCUCUCCACACACAGACACACUGCCACUGACAGUACACACACACACACACACCACGGCUCUGAGAGAGAGGCAGAUCAAUCACAGGAAGAAAACAGACCUCUUUCUGUUUGAGGCACGGACAGAUCUCUUCCUGAACUACCACACGCUCUCCUGAGUGAAACCUGUAGCGUUGGAUUUCUCCUCCUUCAAAAGGGGACCAUGCUAGCAUCCUUUUGGCAUUUGUAGACGAAAUAACCACACACACGCGCACACACACACACACACACACACACACCUGAGACAACAGUCUGUCUCGCACUUCUAAAGAGCUUGAAAACAGAUGGUUUCUGGGAUGAAGACAGACAUGAUUAUUGCCGAUCUAUUUUAUGCCAUCAUUCUUUUGUUUUCACCUUUUUUGUUUUUCAAUCAGUGUGGUUUGUCAAUUACUGAUGUAAAUAUUCACUCGACUCGUGUGUUUGAGGGUGGAUUGUGUUCAUGUGAAGCUAAAGCAGAGGUUUUGGCUUCUGCACUCCACGAUGUGAAGUUUCUGUUGGACUUUUCAUCACUUUUUUUCUUCAGUUUUAUCAUGUUUUCACUGAUCUCAAGUGUUAAUUCUCUCCAGGCGCCUCGUUGGAAGGUGCGUUUGUGUAUUUGUGGGUUCAGGGCUCAUUUUCUGCAGUCCAAAGGGUAUUCCGGUUACCGAAAAGAAACUUAACAUCAACAAAACCUCUGUGCUUUCCAUAUUUUUUUCUUUUUCUCAAGGACCAAUCAGAAAUGUCUGUCUUAUUUAUUGUUUUGAAAGCUGUACAUGGCUGAUGGAUAUAAAAAAAAAAAAGGACUAAAAUAUCAAAUUUAUUGUAAACGAUGAAACAAACAAGCUGAGCAUUUUGCAAAACUAAAAUCAUUCCAAAGCAUCUACUAAUAUGAAUGUGCUUUUUAAGAUUAUUGCUGGCAAUUUGGAAUGUAAAUCUUUUUUUUUUUUUUUUUUUUGUAUUCCUUGUACUAUUAUCCUAUUUUCAAUGUGUUAGCAAGCCUUCACAAUAUUUUAUUUGAUGUUUCCAUAAUCUCUUAAUAAUGACACUAGAAAGUUUGCACCAAUCCCUCAGGUCAUCAGGCCAAAUUCAGAUGCACCCAUAUUCAAAUUUAAAAAAAAUAAAUAAAAAAUGUCUGAUACAACUUAUUAGACAAUGACUUUAGGGUGGAAAUUAAUUAGUAUUGUUUAUAUAUAUAUAGACCUAUAGCUUCCCAUAUUUUUUGUUAUAGAAAAAUCGAGGCCUCGAAGAAAAUGCUGAUUCAUUUAGACUUGGCGAGUUGAGUUUCAAAACCUGCUGUAUUUCUGAGAUUAUUCAUGUACGAGGCUUGCAGCACAGGAGGCGAUACAGUCAGACUGAACAAAACCAAAUCUGUUACUGGUGUCCGAGAGCUCGUCCAUUAUGGAGCGAAAACAUCUGCUGUUAAGUUGACUGAUGGGCUGGUUCAGAUUGUCAGUGAUUUGGGAAGUGGUUCAGCUUAUUCACUCUCCACCAAAGUCAUAAACGGUCAUAAAUGUUUCAAACUGGAAUGUGGCAUUUCUGUUCAAAAUCAUUAUUGGUUGUAUUUAAUGGGUUCUGAUUGAAAUGAAUGGCUUUGUUCAGUCUAAAUAAAUUUCCUUAUUCUUAUUCUGUGAAUAUAUACUUAUCUUCCCUGUAAGUAUAUGUAAGAAAAUAACAAUGCUGCUGUAUUUUGGUGGAGAGUGAAUAUUUUAAUAAUGACACCUUUUCUUUCUCUUGCCCACUCAGCUUUCCUUUGGAUGUCAAACUAGUUUUUCUCACCAGCUGUCUCCUGCAAUGGAGAACAAAAUCAUAACACCACGGUCUUAAAGAUAUUUUUGUCAUAUUUUCUUUUGACCAAUAAACCAUAAUCAUGGUUUGGGUUUA